CUUCCUGUUUUUAGCCCUUGAAAUACUCGUGUUUAGCAUUGACUGUUAUAUUAUGAUGAAGUUGAAAUAAUGAGUAUUGUCCGUCGUUCUAAGAAACUGGUAUCGUCUGUAUUUAAAAGCAGCGUGUUACCAGAGCAAAUGGGUCUUUUUAGAACCAUCUGUUCGGUCCCCAAAGCACGUUGUCACAGUCUGUGUUUGCCUCGACGUUUUACAGCAAAUGUAUCCUCAUGUCAGCAUUGGACUCAUGUAUUCACCCGUCACUUAGACACACAAAGACUUUAUUCAGAUAUGUGUAGUGAAGGCAGUAAUUCAAAGAGGAGCACGGAAGUGUUUCAAGAGGAAUCAUCACAAGAGAUGGACAGUGACGGCAGUGCCCCGAGUCACAGAUCCUCUGAGAAAUUCACUCUCGAUGUGCUGAUUUCUCUGCUGCGUCAGGAAAAUGCAGUGGACAUCUGUGUGAUUCAAGUACCAGAGCAGAUCAAAUACGCAGAGUACUUCAUUGUUGUCAGCGGUGUAUCACCGAGACACCUCCGUGCAAUGGCCCUUUAUGCCAUCAAAGUGUACAAGUUUCUGAAGAAUGAUGGAGAGCCAAAUGUCAAGAUUGAAGGAAAGGAUGCAGAGGACUGGAUGUGUAUUGACUUCGGGAAUAUGGUUGUUCACUUCAUGCUACCAGAGACCAGAGAAGUGUACGAACUGGAGAAACUCUGGACUCUCCGCACCUUUGAUGAGCAGCUGAAGAGGAUGCCUGCUGAGACGCUACCAGAGGACUUUAUAUAUGAUGCUGAAGUCACCAAGUGACAAACCAAGACUAAUCAAGUUGCAUGCAGACUUUACUACUACUUUGUAAUUUUGGAUGCAUCAUUUCCCAUCCCUGUGAGGAGAAAUAAAAGGUUAUAUUUGUU